AUGCCUCCCAAGCGACCAUCGGAUUCAUCGGCGCCAGCCGCCAAAAGGCAAGCAAAGAAGCCCAAGAGCGACGCAGUGACAAAUGCCGAAGCGAUACCGCUGUUUGGUCCUCGCGCUUGUUCUCUGUCACGCUAUAGCAAUGUUUCUGUCACGAGGAACUCACACGUCAUGUACUUGAAGUCUACUCUGGACCCCGAAAAGGCUUACGCGUUUCAAUGCCUGUGUCUGGCCCAGUUUCGAGAGGUCGUGACUAGCAUUUCCGAUGAAUAUGACGAUGAAGACGAUGAUGAAUGGAGCGGUGAAGACGACAAAGAUGAUGGAAAUGAAGAAAAUGAAGACUCUUCCAACAAGAAACAGGAAAAUGCCAAGGGUGGAGAGAAGCCAAAAAUCCCCAAAUGCGAUCGUGGUGAGACCUGCUUGUGCGGAAAACCGGCUGCAGAGCACCCAGAACAUCCCUGGAUCACGUCCUUUGCCGGAUUCCAAAAGGCCGGAGACAUGAAUUGCCAAGCCUCUGUCCGUGUACCGGACUUCUUCAACAUGUACACGUACAAUGACCACGCUGGUUAUGGUGUGAUGGAGGUGGUUCAAAAUCUGAUCCUCGAUUUCAAAGCAGCGAGAGAGUUGCCGAUGACAUGGCCAACCACAUGGAAAGAGAUGUGGGCUCUUUGCGAGGGCUUUGCAAUCUUCUGCAUGAAGGGUAAUGUCGAUUGCUUCAUGACAGUGGAUGAUGGAGAAGGUGUGGAAGCACUUUGCAAGUUGGCUUCCCAGAUGCUCCUUGAGAUGUUAGCCAUCCUGGAAAAAUGCAAUCUUCUGGGUCCAGAGUCCGAGGUCAAAAAUCUUGGCCUGAUUAUGGCAUUAUUCCUACGUUUCGGGAAGGAGCUUGAAUUUGACGAUUUCGCGGUCGAUAUCUUCGCCUUCGCUAAGAAGCACAGCAUCAAGUUGGUUGGGCUAUCAGAGAAGCACUUUGAUGAGCUGCAGCAUGAGUACGAGGGUAACGAUGGUAAUCUGUCAGAUGAACGUGAGAAGCCCAAGUCAUUUGAUGAUGCCUUUGCAAGCUAUAAGAAGUCUGAAGGAACAAUCGGUGGUGACAAACUAGAUGUCACAUCCUGGACUACCGCUGAGCGCAAAGAACACAGCUUCGACAAGAAAGAUCCUUUCGAUGCCAAAUCAAAGGCCGCAAUCAAGGCUGGUGGAGUUCUUUCAUUCUCUUAG